ACAGAAAUUUCCUAGUGCUAUGCUUUUCUUCUGCCAAACUAGAAAACUUCUCACGCCGCCGGUAACUUCAUUUUCUGACCAUUUAAGGUUGAAAAGUUUAUAGCCCACUUUUUCUAUCCAAAUAUAAUAUGGUUUUCCGGCCCAUUCAUGCCAUUGUUACAUCUUCUAGUAACACUUUCCCUGUCAAGCUAGAACAAUCCCAAUUGUCUCUCCUCUAGAUUCUGCAAGUCUUAUCUCUUCUGUAUUUUUCAGGCACAGAGAAACCCAAAGAUUCCAUUUUCAUUAUCCUAUGUUGUUAAAGGUUUCUCUUUUCUAAAGGAAGGAUAACAUGAAGAGUUCAGCAAUAACAAGCACCUUUCAAUCUGGUACCACUAAUUACUCAGAUGAUCUGGUUUUCUCAUCUUCUGCAACUCCCAAUCCUGCAAUUUGGGGUGAUACAGAAUUCAUGAUGGGACAAGUCUCUAAUAGAAAUACCUCAACUUUUUCCGGGUUAAAAGAAGGAGAUGGCCAAAGAAGAUCCCUAGGUUUUCCGUCUCAGUCAUCUUUCCCACAGUUGAUGGAAAAACAGGCAUAUGGUGAUCAUGAAGAAAUGCAUAUGAAUAACGCGCAACGCCACCAUAAUCCUGAGUUCUGGAAACCAAGCUCUUGGUCAACACAGGAAACGGUGAAGGACAGACAAGAGGAUGUAACAAGGGAUUUCAAUUUCCCUUUCAAUGGUAACUUCACAGAUCGCUCCAAGUCAUCAGCAGAUGCACAACCCUUUAAUCCCUUACAUGGGCAGUAUUUUCCUCCAGUAGCAAAUGGACGUACAACCAAACCCAGUGAAACAGAAAAAGGGCUUUCAGGAGAAAAUCAUGAGAACCAAAAUGCAAGAGAUAGCAGUCCAAAGCCUCGAAGUAAAACAGAGAAGAAGAUUAGGAGACCCAGAUAUGCAUUUCAGACCAGAAGCCAUGUGGAUAUACUGGACGAUGGAUAUCGAUGGAGAAAGUAUGGGCAGAAGUCCGUGAAGAACAACGUCUAUCCAAGGAGUUAUUAUCGUUGCACAUACCAAACAUGUAAUGUUAAGAAGCAAAUUCAACGCUUGUCUAUAGACCCUGGAGUUGUUGUUACAACAUAUGAAGGUAUUCACAUGCACCCUUCAGAGAAAUCAAUGGAGAGCUUUGACAAUAUAUUAAAUCAAAUGCAAUUUCUUCGAGAGUAUUAGCAGUUUCUGAGAUUCAUUUAAAAUGAUAAAUGAUUGUGCUUUCAUAAUUACUUUAACAAUGUAGAUAUUAUAUUACUCCGUAUACCAAUGUGUACCAUGGGUAUAGUUACACAAUGCUGUGUAAAUUAUGAGAUCAAUGUUGAUCAAUAUUCUAUAGUAAAUUUCUAAUAGUUAUUAUGUCCUUACUUUUGUAAAAUGAAGAGAGUGCAUACAUUAAGAUGUUCUUAUGGAUAA